GCGAUCACACUCCCCAUUCUCCAUGAGCAUCAACAGAAUUACGCUACGAUGGUUGCAGUCAGCCAUAAUGACUACGGCGUCCAGGAAGCAAAGUAUCGGCUGCGCGUUCUGUAGAUCACCCAUUGUCCGUAAACCACACGCAGCUACCUUCCAAACCUCGGCAGGGCUUCUGGCUAGAAAGGCUCGCGGCGUGCAAAGCGACGAAAAGCCUCGAGUGACAGACUAUAGGAUUGACGAGCUUGCUGAUGAGAUUUUGGAUGAGAUUUUUGAUAAGGCACCCAGGAAAAAACAGUCCGGGGAACGGAAGACAGCGGUAGAUCCCAACGACGAACCUUGGGAUAGGUCCUCCUUAGGACGCGAAACUGAAGCUAGCAAACUAUCAGGGGAAAGGGUGGAUGUCAGAGGUGAUAUUAAGGAGGAGGCUUCUAGAAGCGAGAAGUUAGAUCAGAGUGCUGUCGACCCGCUCGCCAAAGGCAGCGACGCCCUCCCACGUUCUCAGUACGCUCAAUACGGCAUCGAAUCCGCCGAGGACCGAGAAGCACGCCGUACCAUCGAGCAAAAGUACUAUGACGUGAAUGAGCCUGAGCGAGGAUCGCUGUCUGACGACUGGUAUGUGGACGAAGCGUACAAUAUCGCAGGGGAAGCGCCAAAGCCGUCCGAUUUUGUCCCUCGAUGGAUGCGUGGCAUUGAGAUUGCCGAACAGCGUAGUCAGGGUAUAAUUGAGGAGGAGGAGAUAGAUACGAAUGGGCCAUUACGACUACAGCAGGUCGUGGAUGUGCUCCGAGAAGAGAAAGGGACGAAUCUUGUGGCAAUUGAUAUGCGUAACAAGUGUGAUUACGCGGAUUAUAUGAUCAUCGUAGAGGGGAGGUCCAAGAAGCAGAUUUAUGCCCUCGCAGACGCUGUUCGACGAAAGGCUAAACAUCAAGUUGGACUGGACCCCUCAAUUCCACAUAAUCUCACUAUUGAAGGAACAGAUUCAGAAGACUGGAUGGUUCUGGACACUGGCCGCUUCAUAAUCCACUGCUUUACUCCCGAAGCAAGGGCGCGAUACAAUUUGGAAGGACUAUGGACGGCCAUCAAAGAUCCUUUGCUUGCAUUGGUUCGAGAUGCUGAUAUAGAACAGCAGCAACUUGCUGAAGCAGGAAGAGGAUGGGAUUCCCGUCCACGGGAAGAGUUUAGAAUCAAGGACAUUGAGAGGAGGCAUGUACCAGGAGAGGAGGAAGUUGUUGAGCAAUUCAAUGCACAAAGAUAGAAAUAUAGCACUAUUUAAACAUGGA